CCUCCCAGCCAGGAAGCCCUUAGGAGGAAGAAGAAGGGAGAGGUAACAUGGCCACCUCCAGGCUGCUGCUGGAGGCCUCCAGAGCCCCCAGGUGGCUGGCCUACCUUGCAGGGAGGAGGAGCAGGAGAUAUCUUCAUACUGAAAAUGACUCUGCACGCCUUGAAACAUCCUCUGCUAAAACGUUAAUGGACAUUGGAACUCGGAGGAUCUUUUCUUCAGAUCAUGACAUCUUUCGGCAAAGUGUGAGAAAGUUCUUCCAGGAGGCCGUGGUUCCAAAUCAUGCAGAAUGGGAGAAGGCUGGUCAGGUGAGCAGAGAACUCUGGGAAAAAGCUGGACAACAGGGAUUGCUGGGUAUCAAUAUAUCAGAAGAACAUGGUGGCAUUGGAGGGGAUCUCUUAUCUGCAGCAGUUGUUUGGGAAGAGCAAAUGUAUGUUAACUGUACCGGACCAGGAUUCAGCUUACAUUCUGAUAUCGUUAUGCCUUAUAUUGCAAACUAUGGUUCAAAAGAGCAGAUUAAAAGGUUCAUUCCAGAGAUGGCAGCGGGGAAAUGCAUUGGUGCAAUAGCUAUGACGGAGCCUGGGGCUGGAAGUGACCUGCAGGGUGUUAGAACGUACGCAAAAAAGGAUGGGAGUGACUGGAUUCUAAAUGGCAGUAAGGUAUUCAUUACUAAUGGCUGGAUGAGUGACUUAGUGAUUGUUGUGGCUGUUACUAACCGUGAGGCCCGUUCCCCUGCUCACGGCAUAAGUCUCUUCCUAGUGGAAAAUGGAAUGAAAGGGUUCAUCAAAGGACGUAAACUGGAGAAAAUAGGUCUGAAAGCACAGGAUACGGCAGAGCUUUUUUUUGAAGAUGUUCGCCUGCCUGCCAGUGCCUUGCUGGGACAGGAGAACAAAGGCUUCUAUUAUCUAAUGGCAGAGCUUCCUCAGGAAAGGUUAUUGAUUGCUGAUAUGGCACUUGCCAGUUGUGAGUUCAUGUUUGAAGAAACAAGGAACUAUGUUAAGCAGAGAAAAGCUUUUGGAAAAACAAUUGCACAUUUGCAGACUGUUCAACACAAGCUAGCAGAAAUGAAAACACAGAUCUGUGUAGGCCGGGCAUUUUUGGAUAGCUGUCUCCAUCUUCACUCUGAGAAACGGUUGGACUCUGCCACAGCUUCAAUGGCCAAGUACUGGGCUUCUGAUCUCCAAAACAAUGUGGCUACUCAGUGUGUACAGCUCCAUGGAGGAUGGGGAUAUAUGUGGGAGUAUCCAAUUGCAAAAUCUUUUGUCGAUGCUCGUGUUCAGCCAAUUUAUGGUGGUACCAAUGAAAUAAUGAAAGAACUCAUUGCCAGAGAUAUUGUGAGCGACAAAUAGGUAUACGGUUCCCGAAUCCCAUUUCAGAUGGAUCAAAUUGUAUUCUCACCCCCUAAAAAAAGAAAGGAAGAAAGGGGAAAAAAAGGAAGAUCGGAUACGACUAAAGAAGAGGAAGUAUGAUUUUAAAACUGUUUAACAGAGUAUGUUUCCCGUUUCUGUUUCAUGUUGAACAUGGAGUAAGUGUUCUGGUGUGACUGACUCCAGAUGCAUUUAAAAGUGGAAGAAAUGAUGUGAUGAAUACUUGGACAGACUGCACCUCCUUUAACCUUUAGAACUGAGAUUGUUUCAAGUCUAAUGUAAUUAAUUCAAGUACUAAACAUUAAGAAUUAUAGAAUCACGUGUACUGGAUGACGUUUUUUGUGGCUAGGGGAAAAGGAAAUUUAACUGUAGACGUUUAAGUAAUGGGAAAACAAACCUCCUUUGGAAUUUGUGCCUAUUUCUGACACAUUUUUUCCUUAUUGGAGAUGCAGCUCUUAAUAGUAAUCUUCAUGGCUGCAUGUUUACAUAAGCCUAGAAAGAGUUCUUCUGAUACUUAAUCUUCUAAUGUUAUCAGGGAAUUUCAUAACGUUUACAUACCACAAAAACUACCUUAUUCCAGCUUGUUUAUGUUUUUGUUCAAAACAAAUUUUAAAAAAAGAAAUAACCAAAUCAGCAACUUGUAGCAAUACUUUUCGUAAUCUUUGAUAUCACCUCGGCCUUAAAUAAUGUGUCGGAAGUGCACAUCCCUGGACUAGACAUGUGAAAUGAUGCCUACAAGAGGAAGUAAUAACCUCUGAGUAAGUAACUGAAGUCUUGGUUUCUCACAUUUUCAGAGAAGUAUGAAGUAAGGAAUUUUAAACCUUUUUGUUUGGCAUGUUUGGGUUGGCCUCCUUACACAACUAUAGUAGUUUUGGUACUGAAUGUAUUCCUUAGUGUAUGUUGGCACUGUAUGAAAGAGCUUAUUCUGCUUUAUGGGUGCGUGCAUCCACAGGUUGUUUCUUGCUUGUUGGAAUUAGGUAUUUUGCCCUCAUCUGCCUGUCCCUCGCUUGGCUUACAUGUUAACAGUACAGUUCUGCAGAGCCUGUGAUUUAGGUCCAUGGUACGGUUCCACUAGUGUUUAUUCAUUUAUGUAUUAAAGGUUCCAAUAAUUGCCUUUCAGCAAAAGAAAAGAAAAAAACACCUCUAUGUGGCUUAUUUGAUAUUCAUCAAUAAAUAAUAAAAAUGAUUAUUAAAAA